AAGAUCCGUUUGCUAAGAAAGUCCAAUCACACCCUAAUUCUUCUCCUCUGCCUGCGAAGAUUAACAAACAAUCAAAACAUUCAAAUCCAAUCAUAUCUCCGACUUCGUUUUCGAUCUCUCUCUCAUACUUAGGGUUUCUUAAUCGACAACUACGAACUAAAUUAUUCAUAGGAUUUGCAUUGCGUGAUUCGCAACUGAAAUUGAUAUCUUUUUAUUUUGAGGUCUCUGAUUAGUUCUGUCGAUUGCAUACGAUAAUGGGGAAGGUGGCAGUGUCAGCGGCGGUCAUAGGCGGUGCGGCGGUGAGUGCGGCGGUCGUGCUGAUCAUGCGCCACCGCAUGCGGAGCUCUAGCAAGUGGGCCCGGGUUGUGGCUAUUCUGAAGGAAUUUGAGGAGAAGUGUGGGACCCCUACUUCGAAGCUGAUGCAAGUGGCCGAUGCAAUGACGGUGGAAAUGCACGCCGGUCUCGCCUCCGAAGGUGGCAGCAAGCUCAAGAUGCUCAUCAGCUACGUUGACAACCUUCCCACGGGUGACGAGGAAGGAGUGUUUUAUGCAUUGGACCUUGGUGGAACAAACUUCCGAGUGUUACGGGUACAAUUGGGAGGGAAGGAUGGUGGUAUAGUUGAUCAAGAAUUUUCUGAGGUGUCAAUUCCUCCUCAUUUGAUGGUUGGGACUUCAGAUGCACUUUUUGACUAUAUUGCAGCAGAACUUGCAAAAUUUGUUGCCCAAGAAGGUCAAAAAUUUCAUCUUCCUCCUGGUAGGCAAAGGGAACUUGGUUUCACCUUCUCUUUCCCUGUGAUGCAAACAUCAAUUUCUUCCGGGACUCUAAUUAGAUGGACAAAAGGAUUCUCCAUUGAUGACACGGUUGGUCAAGAUGUGGUAGCAGAACUGGCAGAAGCUAUGGAAAGACAAGGCGUUGAUAUGCAAGUGUCAGCUUUGGUCAAUGAUACAAUUGGAACACUAGCUGGAGGCAGGUACUCAAACAAAGAUGUUCUUAUUGCUGUGAUUAUGGGUACUGGAACAAAUGCAGCAUAUGUGGAACGUGCUCAAGCAAUACCAAAAUGGCAUGGUCCUCCACCUAAAUCCGGAGAGAUGGUUAUCAACAUGGAGUGGGGUAAUUUCAGGUCAUCACAUCUUCCCUUGACAGAGUAUGAUCAUGCAUUGGAUGCUGAAAGUUUAAACCCCAGUGAACAGAUAUUUGAAAAGUUAACGUCUGGUAUGUAUUUGGGAGAGAUUGUUCGCAAAGUUCUAUGCAAGUUGGCCGAAGAAGCUGCCUUAUUUGGUGACAUUGUUCCACCAAAACUAAGGACUUCCUUCAUAUUGAGGACGCCUGACAUGUCAGCAAUGCAUCAUGACACUUCAUCUGAUCUUAGAGUGGUGGGGAAAAAAUUAAAGGACAUCUUAGAGAUAUCAAAUACCUCCUUAAAAACGAGGAGAGUAGUGGUUGAGCUAUGCAACAUUGUCGCCACACGUGGGGCCAGACUUGCUGCUGCUGGGAUCUUGGGUGUCCUGAAGAAAAUGGGUAGAGAUACUCUCAGGGAUGGGGAGACACAGAAGACGGUGAUAGCUAUGGAUGGUGGAUUGUAUGAGCACUACACUGAAUACCGCAAGUGCUUGGAGAACACUCUAAACGAACUACUUGGAGAGGAAGUCUCACAAAGCAUCGUUUUUGAGCACUCCAAUGAUGGUUCGGGCAUUGGGGCUGCUCUUCUUGCUGCCUCUCACUCCAAAUACCUUGAAGUCCUAGAGUCCUGAGAAUGGUAACAACGUGGACUCUGUGAUCCCUGAAACAGGAAUGUAGCAAGGUGGACUCUUCAGUGCAUUUUUCUUGAAUCUUUGCGGUAGUAGAUCACCAAUCGGGCAUUGUUGGAGGGGACCAAGGAUCAAAAUUUUGUCUGAAAUAUUUCUGUUUCCAAAAAAUCAAAACGAAUAAGUAAUGGAAUUGAAAUUCUUAUAUUUCGAAGUAUUUCAUAAUGUUUCGAGGUGUUUUG